AUGGAUCGGUCCUCACCACAAGAGAGGGAGCUGCUGGACAAGCUAGAGGGACAAAACUUGACUCUAGGCAUGGAUGGUUAUGAGCGACCCCGCGCCGUCAAAUACAAGGACUUGUACGCCUUCUUCCGACCAGUCAUCGAUGGGGACGCUUCCAGCACCUUCUCUUCCUCAUCCGAAAUAUCUCUUCAAGGAGAGCGGGACAGGGACACAAACUGUGAAGCAGAUUGUUGGCUCAAGGCCAAACAAGUCAAAGCCUUCCUUGCCCGAGACUCGCCUGAAAGGCCCCUUCGGGAACCUUCGCAUGAAGCUGCAUCUGCAGCGGAAGCAGCUGCGAAGCUGUACACGCCACUGCGUCCUGGGUGGCUUCGGGUUGUCGUCCUCGAUCCAGGAGAGGGAGACACACCACUGCAAUGCACUCUUUUGCCCGAAUUACUAUUCGAUCCAUCUCGGGGAAAAAGAAGGCCUGGUGAUGUGAGAAAUGCGCGGUUGAUCAAAUGGACUCACUACGAAGCCGUCUCGUACCACUGGGGAUCGCCCAUCCUCUCGCGCAAGGUUCUCUGUCGCGGGGCUAGACUUUCGGAAACGGGCGAGGUUUACGAGACGCCCGAGGUCGCCAUGCCCGUCACAGCCAGCUUAUACGAGGCGCUACGAUGCCUGAGGUUAAAGGAUAGACCCCGUCUACUAUGGAUCGACGGUCUGUGCAUCAACCAAUACGACACCGCAGAGAAGAAUCGCCAAGUCAAGCAAAUGUUUGAGAUAUACAGAUUGUCUCGAAGAGUUCUCGUCCAUUUGGGCACGGCCACGAAAGGCACACAUAUGGCAAUGGUUUUUCUAGAUUAUGUGAACAACGAGGAAAUCCGUGAGUCGACACUCCAUCGGGCCCAUGACCCAGAGUGUAUCGAAACACUGCGAGCCAUAUACGCAGGUCUCCAUGAACUUCUUUGUCGGCCUUGGUUCGAGAGAUCUUGGAUAAGACAAGAGAUCAUCGGCACUAGAGGCUCCAUUGUCUGCUGUGGCUCUAAAAUCAUCAAAUGGACGGCCUUCAAGCGAGGAUGCAGAAGACUACGGUCACUCGAGACAAUCCUAGAGAGCCGCCUUGGGACUGAGUUUGAAAAGCCUACGAUGCUGCAACACCGACUCGAGAUCUUACGGGGGCUGAAGCGGAGCUGGUCAGCUGGCGAGCCCAUGAUGCAUACAAUGGUUCCAUCAGACAGCAUCUACAGCAGCAUAGCCGGUGGGAUACUCGAGUUGCUUGUCGUGAGCAAAUUUUCAGAGGCGACCGAUCCCAGAGACAAGGUUUACUCGCUUCUUGGGUUGGCACGCCCACUAAGACGAGCAGAAGGGAUAUUGCAUGGUUCAGCAGGCUCGUCGGGAUCCAACACAACGCCAACGCUGGAUCUACUGUCGUUCGAGGUCGACUACUCCAAGAGCCUUACUACGGUCUAUCAGUAUCUCACAAAGUUCAUCAUCAACGGUACGGGAAACUUGGACAUUCUCGCUCUGAUCAGGAGGCCUUCCGAGCAACCACGCCCGUAUCAGUUCGCAUCCUGGGUCCCCGACUGGCAGUCUUGCACGCCAAACAGCAUAGUCAGCAUUCGAGAUCCAUUGGUUCUCAUUCCCCAGCGUCUGCCGGCAAACUUUCUCGCGCCACAGCAGUCCUACGAAGAAGAAGACAUCCUCCGCGUUUUUGGUUGGCAUGUUACAAGCGUCAUGUUGCUGACUAACUACACUGCGUCCUUCGAAGAAAUGAACAGAAUAGAAAGAGAGAUGCCUCACGAAUUUGACCUUGAGGAGAUUCACCAGGUUUUCCAGGAAAUGAGCUUUCGAGAUUGGUCUCCAACGGAUACUUGGCGUUGUUGUCUUCUCGACCCUGGACGUAUUGCGCUCGUCCCUUCUGCGGCUUGUGUAGGGGAUCCUGUCUUCAUAGUCAAGGGAUCCCGGUUUCCAAUUCUUGUGAGGCCCGUGGAUGCGUUUCAUGACCAAGAGAGAGUUGCUGCAUCUGAUUUCCGAUGGGAGUACUUGGGAGUUUGUCUCCUUUGGUGCUUCUCCUUGGCGGGUACCGUUGAAACCGAUGAGGGAUUUUCCACUGUGCCCCCGGAGGAAUUGGUGGUUGUUUAA